UUUCAGUUCUAAAAAUUAGGUUAGGUUUGUGUUCACGAGAAAGAAAAAAAUGUUGUGAGUUACAGUAGUUGUUAUUUGUAGUCUAUUUAAAACGCCGAAAUGGAUUUGCAUUUUAAAACAUAUUUAGAAGAAUUUCAGCAACACUUGACCAAUGAUGUCGUGUUUUUUGAGAAUAUCAAAAGCGAAGUGAAACUACUGGAAGUAUAUACAGCUUCAAUGUCCAAUAGUAUGAAUGAAAUUUACAGUGGAGAAGGACUGAAAAAUAUUCCUUUAUAUUGUGCGAGAGCUCGUGAAAACCUUCCACUAAUUCAAAAAAGCUUUGAAAAUAUAAAGAAAGCAUUUCCCGAGGAAGAUUUUUUCAAAUUUAAUCAUGCAUGGAAGACUCACACUAGUCAAAUUGCAGAAUGGGUAUUACUCAUUGUAUUUCUUGAGAGAGGAGAUCUUUGUCUGAAAAAAGAAUUUUCUGAGAUUAUUGGAGUGGAAAACGAAUCACAACUAGGCUUUCAUAUAACCCUUGAAGAAUAUCUUUUCGGAUAUUUGUCCAUGAUCUCAGACUUGGUGAGUAUUUUCAGCUAUUCUCUGAUAUUAUCCAUGAAUGUAUAUCCUAAUUUAUUUUCCUUCCAAAUUGUGAUUUUGAAAAUGUACCGUAUGUAAUAGAAUAGAGCAGAAACAAUCAUUCUAAUUUCAAGGCGUUAAGGGAGUUGGGUUUGGGGGAAUUCUUUAGAUUUAAAAUCAGUUGAGAGCUUAAAACGCGAUCUGAUAAAGAUAAUUGAACAGCCCCACCACAAUAUUCUGGGUAUUUAUUGAACCAAUUAUACACAAUUCAUUAAAAUGUUGUCUCCAUUAAUAACGAUUAUUAUUAUAAAAUGAUUGGGGGAGAAGCAACAUGCAGAGCCCAAAACUGUUCCUCCCCCGAAUUUGUUGGAAGAUUUUGAAGACUAUUCAACAUUUUAAUGAAUUGUGUUUCACAAAUUCUUAAAACAGUGUAAUGAUUGCUUCAGUCUCUUAAAUUUAAAAAAUGAUAACUUGAGAAAACGUGGUGAUGCUCUGAAAUACGAUUUGAAAAAGGCGGAGGAAGUGAUCAGUGAUUUAAAAUUACGAGGACAUUUGACUUCAACAAUAAAGGAUAGCAAUAGUGAGCGUGACGGUAAAGUGCAAUUGGAGACUUGCAAUUCAUGAAUAUUGAACAAUUUUCAGCGUUAAAUAUUUUCAAACUACUGCAGUAAUUAGCAUUUUUAUAAAUUAUAUUUCAACUUUUAUAUUAUAUAAAUAC